UUUGAGAGUGAGUUCGUGGUGUCAUUGCAGUACAGAUAUGAUUAAUGAAUAUUUCUUUGCAUAUAAAUUGUAAAUAAAAUAUCCUUUUUAAUAACUUUGAUUUCACUACUCUUUCUAAUGCAACUUUGAAGCAAAGAAAACCUCACAUUUUUGUUUGAAGUCUAAAUUUAGCACAUUCAACAUGGGUAAAAAACAGCAUCAAAAAGAUAAAAUGUAUCUGACUGCCACUGAAUGGAAUCAGUUCUAUGGUGGAAAAAAAGUUGUUGCCAAUUCUAGUGGAGCUGAGUUUAGACGUCUUCCAUUUGAUCAUUGUUCACUAUCACUGCAACCCUUUGAACAUCCUCUUUGUACCAAAGAAGGUAUAAUAUAUGAGCUAAUGCACAUUGUUCCUUUUCUUAAAAAGUAUCACAUUGAUCCUGCUACUGGAAAGCCCCUGGACUCUAAAUCACUUAUAAAAUUGAAUUUUACUAAAAAUGCUGAUGGGAAAUAUCACUGCCCUGUGCUGUUUAAAGUUUAUAAUGAAAAUUCCCAUAUUGUGGCAAUAAAAACAACUGGGAAUGUGUUUUCCUAUGAGGCUGUUGAACAGCUUAACUUGAAAACUAAAAAUUUUAAAGAUCUGCUCACAGAUGAACCGUUUACUAGAGAUGAUAUUAUUACAAUUCAAGAUCCUACUAACUUGGAGAAGUUCAACUUUAACAAUUUUCAUCACUUGAAAAACAAAAUGACUCUUGAUGAUGAUUCUGAAAAACAACAGAACGGUGAAUAUCGUAAUUUGAAGAGUGUUAAUUCUGUUACAAAAGAUGUCUUAGAUGAAAUUAAGAGAGAAGCAGCAAAAAAGACAGCGGAGCAAAAGCUUGAAGAAAAAGUAAAAGCAGAUAAGUUCAAUGCUGCACAUUAUUCUACAGGUGCUGUUGCAGCCAGUAGUACAAGUACCGCCGUUGAUCCAUCAACCUUUCAGGAACCUGCUGUUCUUGAUGAUGCUGUGGUAAGAUAUGCUCGUGUGAAGAAAAAGGGUUAUUCUCAAAUUCUUACAAACUUGGGACCAUUGAACUUGGAGUUACACUGUGAUAUUACACCAAAAGCUUGUGAAAACUUUAUUAAGUUAGCGAAAUCAGGCUAUUAUGAAGGAACAAUUUUCCACCGUUCUAUAAAGAACUUUAUGAUACAAGGAGGAGACCCUACUGGCACUGGUACAGGAGGAGAAUCUGUUUGGAAGAAACCCUUCGAAGAUGAAUUUGCUCCCAAUUUGAGCCAUCAAGGUAGAGGAAUUUUAAGCAUGGCCAAUUCUGGCCCUAAUACCAACAAAUCUCAGUUUUUUAUUACAUAUCGAUCUUGUCAGCAUUUGGAUAAAAAACACUCUAUUUUUGGAAGGGUUGUUGGUGGAUUAGAAACACUGAGUAAAAUGGAGAAAAUUCUAACAGAUAAAAAUGAUAAACCGUUGGAAGAAAUUAAAAUCCUCAAAAUUCAUGUUUUUGUGGAUCCAUUUCAAGAGGCAGAUGACCAGCUUGAAAAGUUAAGAGAAAAAGAAGCUGAGGAAUUAACCAAAAAGCAGGAAAAAAAUACACAGCCAGAGACCAAGAAACUAAAAGUCUAUCAUAAUGGCAUUGGAAAGUACAUAGGUACAUCACAAAUGCAAGCUGCAAAAGAUGCUGAACCAUCAAACCAAGUGAAAAAGAAAAAGAAUAUCACAGGAAGUUCCUUUGGGGAUUUUAGUUCUUGGUAAAUUCUAUGUAAAUUGUACAUAUUUAAUAAAACAUGUUUAUUCAUUUUUCUUGGUGUGUUA